AAAGAAUGCCCAUCUGUGCGAUAUUAUUUCGUUUAAACAUGAAAUAUUUCGUUGUAUUCGCUUUUUGUGUUGCUGCUGCUUGUGCCUCAGUUAUCCCUGAGGAGGAUCGUGUCAACGGUGAAAACGGUUGGUAUGUUCCCCAGGCCGAUGGAUCUUUGGAAUGGGUGGACCUCGAUGAUGCCGAAUCUUACUUAAGUCAUGCUCAACAGUUCGAGGGUCGUUUGUCCACAAAUCCUGUUAACUAUUAUCUGUACACCAAGUCCAAUCCAAGCACUGGUCACGAAAUUACCGCAACUACCAAAUCCAUCGAUGCUUCUCCAUUCAAUGCCAAGAACCCCACCAGAAUCACAAUUCACGGUUGGACUUCCAGCAAGGAUGAUUAUGUCAACUCCGGUAUUCGCAAAGCCUUUUUGAGCAAGGGUGACUACAAUCUCAUUACCGUUGAUUGGGGUCGUGCCCGUUCCGUUGAUUACGCCUCAUCCGUCUUGGCUGUCCCCGGUGUUGGCGAGAAAAUUGCCAGCUUGGUCAAUUUCUUGGUUAAAAAUUAUGGCAUGAAAUUGGAAGAUUUGGAAAUCAUUGGCCACAGCUUGGGUGCCCAUGUUGCUGGUUUCACUGGCAAGAAUAUUGUCGGUGGCCAGGCUCAUGCUAUUAUCGGUUUGGACCCUGCUCUCCCCUUGUACAGUUAUGAUAAACCCAGCAAGCGUUUGUCCAGCACUGAUGCCUACUAUGUUGAAUCCAUUCAAACUAACGGUGGUACUUUGGGUUUCUUGAAACCCAUUGGCAAGGGUGCUUUCUAUCCCAAUGGUGGUAAGACACAACCCGGAUGUGGAAUUGAUCUUACUGGUAGCUGUUCUCACAGUCGGGCUGUUUCCUACUAUGUUGAAGCCAUUGAAAGGGACGAUUUCGCAACCAUGAAAUGUCAAAACUACGAAGAUGCCGUCGCCAAGAGCUGUGGUUCCACCUAUAGCUCUGUUCGCAUGGGUGCCGAUAAAAAUGCCUAUAUGGUUGCUGGUGAUUUUUAUGUACCAGUUAAUAGCCAAUAUCCCUAUGGUGUUUUGGGUUAA